GAGUAUACAAUGCCAGCUAAGAUGCAUUCUAAAAUAAAUUUGUUAUCAAACAGUGAACCUGAUCAAGAUGUAAAACUUGUCCCCGAAUUACUUAGCAGUCCACCCUUGCGCGAGAGUCUGCCGACUGAUUAUUCUAAAGAAAUUGAUAGAACUCCGAUCAAAACGACUGAACUAGCUGAAGUGCCGAACGGCUCUCAAAAAAAUUCUUUAAUUUUCGGUAGUCAAACCGGCGACAAUAGCUUCACCAUAUACGUAAAACAGAGCGAUGUAAGAAAUUUAAAGCUUAACAUAGAAGUCAAAAAUGUAUCCGGCUCUAUAAUUGAAGCAAAUCAUAAUCAUUACGUAAAAUCAACGACAUCGGUCGUAAAUACUCGCGAGUCCGACUUCCAGGACUCCUCUAAGAUCCGAUCUGAAACCAAAACCUAUCAGGAAGCACUAACUCUCACCGAGCCCUGGCGUGCAGAACUCUCACAUGAUCAAUUACAACCAAAAGGCAACGGCCAAGAAGGAGUUUGUCAAUGUAAUUGCUGCUCGUGUUCCAGAACAGAAGGUGCAGCACCCAUUUAUGUUGACAAUAAUAACUACUUUAUAUUGCUGCCCCUAGAAGAUAUUAACAAACAAUUAUCAAGCUGCGCUUGCAACAUGGAAACUAAACAAGAACAAGAAACCAAUCGUGAGAUGUCCGAUUACGACGAGUUACCGAAUGUUAAAGACCAUAAUAUUAGUAAAGUAGACGGCAAUAAAAGUUCACCGACAGACACAAGACACUUAAAUAAACUGUUGGAAAGCAGUAAAGUAUAUGCUUUCUGA